CUCUCUCUCUCUCUCCUCUUCUCUCCUCCCUCGUCGCUUCCUCAAUCUCGAUUCCUUUCUCUCUCUCCAUCAAAACCCUAACCCUCGCGUUCCCACUUGCGUUCUCCCUACACCGCUUCUUCGUACUCCUUUGCUUUCUUGCUCUGUUUGCUCCACGGUGAAGGUCACGAAUCGUAUACUCUGAAGUAGCCAACAUUACGUACCCUUUGCAAUGCAGCGUGUUGGGAGUGGUAGUACCACAUCUGGUUCAACACGCCCUCGAAAGGAAAAACGGUUAUCCUAUGUGCUUAAUGAUGCAGAUGACACAAAGCACUGUGCAGGCGUUAACUGCCUAGCACUUUUACAAAGUUCGACUCCUGAUUGCUGUGAUUACCUUUUCACCGGAAGCCGAGAUGGGACCUUAAAAAGAUGGGCUCUCACAGAUGAGGGGCCAACCUUCUCAGCAACAUUUGACUCGCAUCUUGACUGGGUCAAUGAUGCAGUUCUGACCGGUAGCACUCUAGUUUCUUGUUCCUCAGACACAACUCUUAAGACGUGGAAUAGCUUGUCUGAUGGCGCUUGUACCAGCACUCUUCGUCAACAUUCCGACUAUGUGAAUUGCCUUGCAACAGCUGUGAAAAACAGUAAUAUUAUUGCCUCUGGAGGUCUUGGCGGGGAGGUCUUUAUAUGGGACAUUGAUGCAGCUGUUAUCCCAGUUGCUAAGUCUGUAGAGCCAAUGGAAGAUGAUUACUCAAAUGAAAAUUACAGGCAACCUUUGGCAAGUUCGCACUGUAGCAGUACUAGCAGUAACGUGUCUGUAUAUAACACCGAACCACAUUAUUGUUAUAGUCCAGUUGCUGUCGAAGGUCACAAGGAGUCAGUAUAUGCUCUAGCUAUGAAUGAAAGUGGAACUGUACUUGUUUCUGGUGGCACUGAGAAGGUCAUACGUGUUUGGGAUCCACGAACUGGUUCAAAGAACAUGAAACUACGAGGGCACACUGAUAACAUCAGGACAUUGCUCCUUGAUUCCACUGGAAGGUAUUGUUUAUCAGGUUCAUCCGAUUCCAUGAUACGCUUAUGGGAUCUCGGUCAACAGCGUUGCAUACAUUCUUAUGCUGUCCACACAGAUUCAGUUUGGGCACUUGCGAGCACUCCAAAUUUCACGCAUGUUUAUAGUGGUGGAAGGGACCUUUCAUUAUGCCUCACUGAUUUGUCGACUAGAGAGAGUCUCGUCCUUUGUACGAAAGAACACUCAAUUCUACAAUUGGUCUUACAAGAUGAGACUAUAUGGGUUGCGACUACAGAUUCUUCUGUACAAGGGUGGCCAGCUGACGGGCAUAAUCUUCAGAAGGAUUUUGGAAAAGCUGGCUCAUUCGUAGCAGGGAAUUUGUCCUCUACAAGGGCUUCAGCUUCAUUGGAAGGAACAGCAUCUGCCCCUGUACAUAAAGAAUCAUCUUUUACUAUUCCAGGAUCUCCAGUAAUUAUACAACAUGAGAUCUUGAAUAAUAGACGGCGUGUCCUGACUAAGGACUCUACUGGUUCAGUAAAGCUGUGGGAAAUCACCAGUGGAGCUGUAAUUGAGGAUUAUGGCAAGGUUUCUUUUGACAAAAAGAAAGAAGAGUUAUUUGAAAUGGUGAGCUUUCCUUCAUGGUUUACUACGGACACUCGGCUUGGAUGUUUGUCUGUCCAUUUGGAUUAUCCUCAAUGCUUCUAUGCUGAAACAUAUGCCGUAGAUUUCAAUAUAUCGGAAGAGAACGAAGAUAUGAGGAUUAAUUUGGCUCAAGAGACGCUUCGUGGUUUACUGGCCUGUUGGUUGACCAACAAAAGGCUGAGAUGUGAAUUGCAAGCCUCUACAAAGGAUGAUGGUUCAAUUGGGAAGGAUGUAACUAAUAGAAAUGUUUUCCAUUCAAGAGUUGAGUUCGAUGAUAGAGACAAUAUCGACGAUACUACGGUGCUCCCUCCAUUUGAUUUUUCAACUGUUUCACCCCCGUCGAUAGUUACAGAGGGUUCUUGUGGGGUCCCUUGGAGAAAGAAAAUUACAGAUUUAGACGGGACAGAAGAUGAAAAGGAUCUUCCUUGGUGGUGUAUAGACUGCGUGUUGAACGGCCGAUUACCUCCGAGGGAUCAUAUAAAGUUGGGCUUUUAUUUGCGCCCUUGUGAAGGUUCAGAUCUGCCAAGUAUAUCACAAGCAAAAUCAUAUGCCAAUCGUAUUUUGCGGAUCAACAAAGUGAUUAAUUAUGUGAUACAGAAAAUCAUUCUUGACAAACCAUUGGAAUCUGUCAGUUAUAACAGGAGAUUUUGCUUGGGACUGAGCAGUGGUCUGUCGCCACUUUCAUGCAAUGGCGAUGGCUCCCGACGUUCAGGGUCAAAGCCGUGGCAACAUCUAAAGCCAUCUAUGCUAGAGAUCUUGUGCAAUAACCAGGUCCUACCGCUUGAAUUGAGUCUGGACACGGUCCGAACUUUCGUAUGGAGGAAACAGGAUGAUAUGGUUCUCAACUAUCGAAGAAAGAAUUCGAGGUGAUGGACAUCACACUUGAAGAUGUAGAGCUCACCAUGAUUUUUCCAAUUCUUUCUAACUGCACAGCUUUAGUUUCUAGCCACCUAGCAUUUUAACAUUGUGAUUAAGCCCCUAACAUCGAGCUAGUAAAGUGAGCACCUUUACUACUUCGCCUUGUAAAUUGUUCGAACAUUUAUUUAUUUUUUUAUAUGCUUAGGAAUAUUUAUUCUAAGAAGGCAUUCAUUGACUAAUUGUUAUUGGUUUAGAGUGGAAUUUUAUAAUGGUUUGCUCCUUAUUUAUAUUAGAUCGGUUUCAUCA